UCUUUGCGAUAAAACAACAUGGCUGCCGAUGAAUGACGGCGAAGCGCUUUAGUCGUAGAUUUUUUGUUAAGAAACGUUUAAUAUUGUAUUAUAUUUCAUAUAAUAUCAUGAAAAUAUUGUAUGUUUAUGUAUAACUGUAUAUUCGUUGAUCUUUUGAUCGUUUCGGAAGCGCGUGCAUCUUAAUCCCGACGUGAUCUGGACAGAAUGGCGGCGAUCGCAGCUAAACGCGAGGGCCCACAGUUCAUCAGCGAGGUGGCGGUGCGAGGGAAUGCCGCAGUCCUAGAGUACUGCCGGACCUCAGUGUCUGCUUUGUCCGGGGCCACAGCUGGCAUCCUGGGCCUCACAGGCUUGUACGGCUUCAUCUUCUACUUCCUCGCAUCCUUUUUGCUGUCCGUGCUGCUCAUCCUCAAAGCUGGCCGACGGUGGAACAAGUGCUUUAAAUCCAGACGUCUGCUCUUUACUGGAGGUCUCGUAGGCGGCUUGUUCACCUACGUGCUCUUCUGGACCUUCCUGUACGGGAUGGUGCAUGUGUACUGAAGAGCUACACUACUCUAUAUGUGCAUUAGUACACAGGUUACGGAAUCUCUGUAGGGCAGAUUGUUGUUCGUUUCUAGACAUGAUGAUUUAAUUUAAUGUAAUGUUUUCUUUCUUCUUUGUAUCUGAUUGCACUGAACUGAUUCCAACCUAAAGUGACUCAGUAUCUGGUCUUAAAGAUCAAGGUGAAGCUAUAAAACUAGAUCCAUUUCAUUUGUUCCUUCAUCCAGCUUUAACCUUUGUCAGGGUUGUGGUGGAUCUGAAUGAAGCCUAUCUCAAGAAUCCACCCAGAAUGAGAUGUCAGUCCAACACCGGACACAAUGCAUAUGUAUGCAUGCAUGCGCACACCAUAGUCAGUCCACCUACUGGCAUGUUUUUGGGUGGUUGGAGGAGAGCAGAGAACCUGGAUGAAUCCCUCCCAGAGAACAUGUGAAUCUACACACACACACACAAACGUACAGAAUAACCUGAGCUCAGAAUCGAGCUGGCAAUCUUGGAGCUGUGAGACUGUAAUACUACCUGCUCUGCCACCUUGGUACAAGAUGUGCAUCACAUUUUUGCUAACAAGUCUUUAGGUUUAGAAAUUUAAUCAGCAUUAACCUCAAAGGGAGAAAAAGGUUUUGUUGGAAGGAUCCUAUGUACAGUAACUCUUGAAACAUAUUUCUGAUGUUCUGUAUUUUUAUUUUAUCUGUACAGCCAAAACAGCCCGAAGAUCAUUUUCACCAUCAUUGUAUGCAGCAACAAACAGAGUAACCUGCUGACUUUUUGACAAUACAUGCAACAAACAGAAAGGGCAAUCAGUAAUAUGCUGAAUACUGAGUUAAAUUUAGCAUACUUGUAUUAGACAUAAUUAUUUCCUGUUAGUUUGAAAAGUAACAAAUCUUUGUCCCAUGUCUUGUCCCAUUAUGAGAAAUAAAUUUGUUUUGAAAAAAAGAAAAAAAAUCUAACAAUAACUGACUUGUGACAUUGUGCAUUCUUCUAAAUAAAUAAAUCACUCAUGA